AUGAGCGAAAAUCAAUCCAGCUUCGUAGUUAACCCAACUCGUGCUUGCGUCUUUAUUAAUUCUGGAAACGAUUCCAUGAUCCAAAGUCAGGUGAUCGAUAAUCUUAUUAAACUUCAAUUUCCACCGGAAAUUAAUUAUCGUGAUUUAGUUAUUUUACACCCUGAUGGUCGUGUUCCUAAAACCCCUAAUGCUUUUAUUAUCUAUCGAAAACUCUUUGUUGAAACUGCUCGUACUAGUGGUUAUAACUUACCAAUGAAUAUUAUCUCUUCAAUGGCAUCUCGUUCAUGGGAACAAGAACCUGAUGAAGUAAAAAAUGAAUAUAAAAGAAUAGCAAAAGAUGCAUUCAAUUAUCGAAAUGAAUUAUUUCCUAAAGUAAAACCUCAAAAAAAGAGAGAUCAAUGGAAAACUAUUUCAUUCGAUAAACCUUCUAUUCGUAAAGUUAGAACACCCAAACCUAUGAAAACUGUUAAUAAACCCACAAAACAUCAACAACUUGAUUCACCAGCAUCUACUCCCGAAUUACUUAGUGAUUUAAGUGAUAUAGAUAUGAAUUCGUCAAUUUUUGACCUCGAUUUAUUUAAUGAUUGGGCCGAUUUCAUUGCCAAUCAAAAUGUCUAUCCGAGUCCCGACUUAUCAACAAUUUCCAGCUGUAAUAAUUCUCCUAAUAUAAAUGAUUUCGAUUUUGAUUUAGAAAUUUCUUCUUCUAAUCAAUGUUUUGACAUACAAAUUCAAGCCAACCAACAAUUCAAUGAAGAUAUUAUAAAUAACUUGUUAAUAACUGAUGAAAAUCAGUCUUCUACUAAUGAUAGUCAGUAUGGACUCGGAAUUUUCAAUUUUUCUAAUGAAAUUUCUGAAAUAAAUCCACAUGAAAUCUUUAUACAAAACUCAUUCAUUUCAAAUGAUUUGGUUAAUUCUAAUGAUCAACUAUCAUUCUCGCCUGACUUUGAA